AUGGUCGAGUCGCCGUCGAAGCCACAACACGAGGAGCCAAAGGCUGAGCAGCACGCCCAACCGUAUGUGGCAUACUCGCCGAUGGACAACACGGACACCGACUCCGAGAGUGAGGAGGAGAUAGAGCUCGAGGCUCCGCAGACGCAGAAGCUCCAGAAUUUUCACAACUUCCAGGUGCACGAUGACCAUAGUUCAUCUCAGACGGACUUUCAUCCGCUCAUGGCGACGCACAUACCUCUCACGGCGUCCGUGGACGAGCACCGAACGUUGGGUUCCAAGUCGCUGACACUUCAGACAGAUCUGCAGUUACAAGAUGCUACAAGUCGCGGAACAUGUCAGAACUCAACAGGCAAAGCUGGCCAUGUUCGGCGGCUCAAAUACGACUUCGUAGGAUUAUGA